AGAGACAUGUCGGCGUAAACGAGGUGAGAACCGGGCAUGGGUCCCAGCUCAUCGUGCUGACGUCGGCCCAGCCCAUGAAGAUCCUGCUCACGCGAUUUUGAUCAAUAUCAUUCACACAAGAUACAGAUACUGUGCGACUUGCAUCCAAAGCGGAGCCAGGCACGGCCAAGAGACCUUGCACAUUGGGGAGGGGCACGAGACUUCAUUCGUUUGACUAGGGCAUCGAUUGUGUAAUCGAGCGGAUCUUCGAUGACCAUUGUCGGAGGUUGGCUGCGCCAGACACGCUGCUAGUUUUCGAGUCAGCGGCGGAAUCAUAUCAGAUUCAUCCGAUCUGCCAGACUUCAAUCGACAUUACCCAUUUCCUGGAAAUCAUCCCACUGGGCGUUUUUUGGUUAGCUUGAAGCGGAGAUGGGCAUUCUUACGGCCUUGAGACUUACAGCGGUUCCCGAAAACCUUGAGACUCACAAAAAAAAAUUUGUAUGCGUAGACACGAUCGAUCUUUGA